AUGUCAUACCAAUAUCAACGACCGGCAAUGCCGCCUCCUGACUAUGAGGAAUACCAACAACCUGGACCUCAAAAUCCUUCACCAAACUAUAAUGCUCAACCUUCAUCUGGAUACGGAAGUCAUUACAACCAGAACACAACAUCAAACCAACAAUCGUUUGGACGGUUUAAUGGAUCCAAUGCAAACGAUGAAAAAUAUAAUUUCGAAGCUCCACCUCCUCCAGAAGCAGGACAGGAGGAGUUUGAUGACGCAUUUAAAGUGAGAAAGCCAAAAUAUAACGACAUCCCAUUCACAUUUUGGUUUCUUGCAUCGACAGCUGGGUUCAUAGUUGUUGCCGUGAUCGCAAUUAGGUAUUAUCACCUACACUCAUCGUAUGAAGGUUCUGGAAUACAUGGUAGCUCAAACAUCGUCACAUUGAAUAGUAACACCAUGAUUGGCUUCUGCAUUGUUGUUGCAGUGGCCCUUGUUCUUUCUAUUCUUAUGCUUGUUCUUGCCAGGUAUUCUGCUCGGAUGUUCUUAAUCAUUGGUUUAAUUUGCAACUUUCUCUUUGGCCUUGCUACUGCCAUUUAUUACUUGUCAGUCGGCUACUAUUCGGCAGGAAUCGUCUUUGUGAUAAUGGCCGUAUUUUUCGGCUUCUGCUAUUGGUCAAUGCGCAGUCGGAUUCCAUUUAGUGCAUCGGUCCUUCGAAUUGUUGUUAAUGUCUCUACUCAGUUCAAGAGCUGUUAUAUUGUUGCAGUCCUGGGUAUGAUCAUAAUUGGUGCAUUUUCAUUUUUGUUUGUGAUCACAAUUGUCGCCGUUUAUACAAAAUGGGGUGAUCAGAGCAACUCGGCCCAAUACAGCCAAUCGAAAUUAAUUGGUCUUCUUGUUUAUGUGUUCUAUUCUGGUUACUACAUUACGGAAGUUAUGAGAACAACCAUUCACGUUACUUUGAGUGGUAUCUACGGUACUUGGUAUUACCUCUCCAAAUCCGAUGCCGGGACUCCCAAGCAUCCAGCUUUGGGAUCUUUCAGAAGGGCUAUGACUUUCUGCUUUGGAUCGAUCUGUUUUGGAUCGUUAAUCGUCUCCCUUAUCCAGCUCUUGAGGCAAUUAAUUAAUAUUGCGAAAAUGCAAGCAUUAGGAGACGGAAAUGGCUGGGCAUAUUGCAUUCUUCUGCUUGUGGAUGCAUUUGCUUACGUUCUUGACUGGUGUGUCCGUUAUUUCAACCAUUAUGCUUACUCUUACAUUGCUUUGUACGGUAAAAGCUACUUGAAAUCCGCUCGGGACACUUACCAUAUCUUUAAAUACAAGGGAUUCGAUGCAUUGAUCAAUGAUUGCAUUAUUGAUACUGCCCUCGGUAUCUAUAGUUUCUUCGCAGGCUUUCUUGCUGCAUUUGCAUCAUACCUGUAUUUGAGAAGUACAAAGCCGGCUUAUAAUUCUGACGGAUCUUAUUAUGCACCAGUGGUGGCAUUUUCAUUUGUUGUUGCAUUGCAAAUUUGCAAUGUUAUUUCCACAGUGAUCACCUCCGGGACUGCCACAUUCUUCCUAUGCUUGGCUAAGGAUCCAGAAGUUUUCCAAGUUAGUUAUCCAGAUGACUUUAAUGAAAUCCUUAGAAAUUAUCCUGAAGUUUUAAUGAAGAUUCAGACACCAGAGAACUGA